AUGGAACCCUCAGCAGACACACACUAUGUGGCUUUCUUGAGUGGGGAGGGGGGGGGCAUGGGCAGCAGCAGCAGCCGCAGCAGCCGCAGCAGCAGCAGCAGCAGCAGGGUGCGCAGCAGGGGCAGCAGCAGCAGCAGCAGGUUCUACCGCCCUGCGCCCCCCGCUUCCCGCCUGGUCAAGCGCUACUUCGGCAGCAGCAAACUCAAGUUGCUGCUGCUCUCAGCAGCAGCAGCAGCAGCACUUUACUUCUACUGGUGCUUCUUCGCGCGCCUCUUUGCUGCUGACGAACCCUCCCCAGCAGCAGCAGCAACAGGGCCUGCAGCAGCAGCAACUUUCAAAGGUGACCCAGCAGCCCACGGGGCCCCCCAGGGGGCCCCCCAGGGGGCCCCCCAGGGGCCCCCCGUGGGGCCCCCCCAGGGGCCCCCCCAGGAGGGCCCCCAC